AUGUCCGGAGAGAUCUUUUCCCCUCUGGAGAGCCUCGCUGCCCUGGACGCCUCCAAUGUCCAUCCCCUCGUCUGCUUCCUGUGCCAUGGGCAGUAUGAGCACCCGUGCCUGCUAGACUGUUACCACAACUUCUGUGCCAGCUGCCUGCGGGGCCGGGCAAUUGAUGGCCGUCUACCCUGCCCGCUUUGUGGCCACCCGUCCGUGGUGAAGGGAGCCAAUGGGCUGCCGCCCGUGGACCGGCUGCUGCAGUUCCUGGUGGACGGCUCUUCGGACGGCGAGGAGGCGGUGCGCUGUGCGAACUGCGACCUGGAAUGUCCGACCCAGGAUGCAGAGACCACCUACUUCUGUAACACUUGUGGUCAGCCACUAUGUGCACACUGCCGGGAGGAGACUCACAAGGCCAAGAUGUUCUCCCGCCAUGACAUUGUGGCCCUGGGCAAACGUACCAAGGAUGCCCACAAAAAAUGUUCUUUGCAUGGUGAGCCUUUCAUUAUGUUCUCCACUGACAAGAAGUCCAUGCUCUGCAUUCGAUGCUUCGGGGACAUGCAGGGGGAAAGCCGGGCACACUGUAUUGAUAUAGAGACGGCCUAUGUGCAGGGUUGUGAGAAGCUGGACCAGACUGUCAUGGCUGUGAAGGCUUUGCAGACUUCCACUCGGGAGGCAAUUGCCCUGCUCCAGACCAUGGUGGAGGAGGUGAGACAAAGUGCGGCUGAUGAGGAGAGUGCCAUCCACACCCUCUUCGGCAGCAUGCAGGAGAAGCUGACGGAGAGGAAGGCAUUGUUACUGAAGGCAGUGCGGAGCCAGUAUGAAGAGAAAGACAAGGCCUUCAAGGAUCAGCUCUCCCACCUGGCCUCCCUGCUGCCCACGCUUCAGGUCCACCUGGUUACCUGCUCAGCUUUCCUCAGCUCGGCCAACAAGGCAGAAUUCCUGGACCUGGGAUAUGAACUGAUGGAACGGCUUCAGGGCAUCGUCACCCAGCCCCACCACCUGCAGCCAGCGCAGAGCAGUAAGAUCACCAGCGACCACCGCGCUGAGUUCGCCCGCUGCCUGGAGCCUCUGCUGCUGUCAGGUGCGCGCAGAGCGCCCGCGACUGGGGCUGCAGCCACCAUGCUCUCUGGGUGUGCCACGACCAAGGCCCGGAAAAGCUCUGGCUGCCCAUCCCCAGGUGGAAAGAUGUCUGGCUCACCUGUCCACAAGCCCACACUGCACCGAUCCAUCAGCACCAAGCUGCUGCUGGCAGAGGGAGGUGACACCCCCUUCGUAGAGCACUGCCGCCACUAUGAGGAGACAUACAGGACCCUGCAAUCCGAGAUCCAGAAUCUGAAGGAUCAAGUUCAAGAAUUACAUCGGGAUCUCACCAAGCACCAUUCCCUCAUUAAGGCAGAAAUUAUGAGCGACAUCUUGCAGAAAUCCCUGCAGGUGGACGGGCAUAUUGCUUCCCAGUAUGCCUCAGUAGAAAUGAUGAGGGCUGUCUUUGAAGAGAAAUGGGAGGAAACCUAUCAGAGAGUAGCAAAUGAGCAAGAAAUUUAUGAAGCCCAGCUCUAUGACUUGUUCCAGCUGAGACAGGAGAACAACUACUUGACCAACAUCACCAAGCAGAUCACUCCUUAUGUCCGCUCUAUCGCUAAAGUAAAGGAACGACUAGAGCCUAGAUUCCAAGAACCUAUUGAUGAGCAAUCGGAGAACUUGCAAAAAGUAUAUGAAGACACGAUCGAUGAAAAUCAGACCAGGAAUGAACCAACAAACAGUUCUGAAGAGAAGAAAAAAGAUGCUGGAGUCCAACAAAGGGGACAGCCAAAUUCUGAACAGACUGUCAGAACACCUGAAAAAUAAAG